ACGGAGUUGGGCAAUUGGUGCUAAAAGUUUCUCAUUAGAGUUCAGGAGUUAGAGGAUCUCUGGUGCGCAUUUUAAAGCAUGGAACUCAAAGAAACCGUGUUAAAAGCGUUUGAGCAAAACAGAAAAGCCGUGCUCUACACGAUCGGGGCGGGUGUUGCAGUCCUUGGAUUGGGGCUCGGAUACAAGUACAUACGGAAACCAAAAAAGUUAACUCAGGUUGGCGUUGUUUCACAGCUUAUCCUUCAUCCCCUCAAAUCCGGGAAAGGACUGCAAGUGGCUACAGCAGAAUGUCUGCGAAUGGGUCUGAAAUAUGGAGAACUCCGUGAUCGACACUGGCUCGUAACCACCGAGGACGGACAGAUGGUGACAGGGCGACAGGAGCCUCGCCUGGUGUUGGUGUCAAUGACGGCAGAGGGAGGUGACCUAUGCCUUAACGCCCCUGAUAUGGAGGAACUAAGAGUUCCACUGGGUCAGCCUAACAAUAACAUAAUUAACUGUAGGGUGUUCAGCGCUGACAUCCAAGGUAGAGACUGUGGGGACGAGGUCUCUCGCUGGCUCACGCGUUACCUCGCCGCAGGCAAGACUUUCCGUAUGGUCCACUAUGAGCCCGAGAUGAAGCCCAGGAUGAGUGUGAAGAUAGAGUCACCCUUUCCUGCAGAUGAGGAGGUGGCAUACCCUGACACAGCAGCUGUCAUGCUGCUGUCUGAAGCCUCUGUGAAGGAUCUGAGCAGCAGGCUGGAUAAGGAUGUCACUGUGUCUCGAUUCCGUCCCAACAUUGUUGUCAGUGACUGUGAGGCCUUCGGUGAGGAUUCUUGGGAUGAACUCCAGAUUGGGAGUGUGAGGAUAAAGCGGGUCAUGGCAUGUGGAAGGUGCAUUUUCACCACAGUGGACCCUGAAACUGGAAUCAUCAACAGGAAGGAGCCGUUGGACACACUGAAAAGUUACCGUCAGUGCGACCCAUCACAGAAGAAGAUAUAUAAAACAUCACCUCUGUUUGGACAGUACUACAUUGUCAAACAGACUGGGAUCCUUCAUGUUGGCGAGCCUAUCUACAAGAUAAGCUACUAAAAUAAUCAUAAAUGUGUGCACUAUUAGAUUAGUGCUACUUUGAACAUGUCAGUGUCAAUAGUUAUCAUGUGCCUUUUGUUUUCACUUAUGACUAAUUGACUCUGAUGACCUGGUUGACUUGAUGAAGGUGAUUUAAUUUAGUUUAAUCAAGUUGUUCACUAAUGACCACUCUGUCUAAUAGUUGUCAUGGGUGCUAGCACAUUGUAGGUUAUGCUAUAAUUUUUUGCAAAGAGAAAGAACAUAAACUAAUUUAUUUCCCACAGCAAGUUAGUUCCCGAAUACUUGAUUGUGUUAUCCAAGGGCACAAUGCAUUCUCCUCUGUAAUGUAUUUUUGGGUGAGCCUCAUCUAAUAAAGGGACAGUACACCCCCAAACUAUAAA